UAAAAAAACCCAGUCUUUCCUGACCAGACAAACCAUACCAUAUCCCACCAGAGAGGUAAAGGGGAGCUGAGAGAAGAUGAGACCCAGGGAGGGGCUACUGCACACGAUACAGGAGAAUGCAUGGGAGGUUCCCUUCCUCAGGGAGCACAAGAACUCUGAGACUCAGCAAGGCUGUCCUGGGAGGGCUCGGGGAUGGGAGAGUACACAGAUUCCAACUCAUUCAGAACUGUAGAAGAUGAUGGAUGUGACCAAGAUCACUUUAGUCCUAGGGGACUAGACAAGGAAAAAGACAUGAGGCUGUAGGGUAUCUGUGUGUUCUCCCACUGACCACGCUUCCUUUAGGGACUCCUGACUACCUCCUCAAGUCACAGAUACCAUGUUGCCUCCCAUGGCCCUGCCCAGCUUAUCUUGGAUGCUGCUUUCCUACUUCGUGCUCCUGUCUCACUUCAAGGGUGAAGAACCCCAGAAGGAACUGCCCUCUCCACGGAUCCGCUGUCCCAAAGGCUCCAAGGCCUAUGGCUCCCACUGCUAUGCCUUGUUUUUGUCACCAAAAUCCUGGAUGGAUGCAGAUCUGACCUGCCAGAAACGGCCCUCUGGAAACCUGGUGUCUGUGCUCAGUGGGGCUGAGGGAUCUUUCGUGUCCUCCCUGGUGAAGAGCAUUAGUAACAGCUACUCAUACAUCUGGAUUGGGCUCCAUGACCCCACACAGGGUUCAGAGCCUGAUGGAGAUGGAUGGGAGUGGACUGGCACUGAUGUGAUGAAUUACUUUGCAUGGGAGAAAAAUCCCUCCACCAUCUUAAACCCUGGCCACUGUGGGAGCCUGUCAAGAAGCACAGGAUUUCUGAAGUGGAAAGAUUAUAACUGUGAUGCAAAGUUACCCUAUGUCUGCAAGUUCAAGGACUAG